AUGUCGAUGGAAGUUACUCAGGCACUUUUGAAUGCUCAAUCAAUUGAUGGAACUGUACGUAAGCAUGCUGAAGAAAGUCUGCGGCAAUUUCAGGAGCAAAACCUUCCUGGUUUCUUGGUCUCUCUUUCUGGAGAGUUAGCGAAUGAAGAAAAACCUGUUGAUAGUCGCAAGUUGGCAGGUUUGAUACUUAAAAAUGCAUUGGAUGCCAAGGAUGAAAACAGGAAGCGGGAAUUGGUUCAGAGAUGGUUGUCAUUGGAGACCGCAGCAAAGGCCCAGGUUAAGGCAUGCUUGCUACAAACACUCUCUUCUCUUGUACUUGACGCACGGUCAACGGCAACUCAAGUUGUAGCUAAAAUUGCGGGAAUUGAGCUUCCUCAUAAACAGUGGCCUGAACUGAUAGGAUCACUUUUAUCAAAUAUUCAUCAAGUUCCUGCUCAUGUCAAGCAAGCAACUUUGGAGACUCUCGGGUAUUUGUGUGAGGAAGUCUCUCAUGAGGUUGUUGAACAAGACCAAGUAAAUAAAAUUCUUACUGCUGUAGUUCAAGGUAUGAAUUCAUCUGAGAAGAACAAUGAUGUCAGACUUGCUGCUACUAGGGCGUUAUAUAAUGCUCUUGGAUUUGCACAGGCUAAUUUUAGCAAUGAUAUGGAGCGUGAAUAUAUCAUGAGAGUUGUUUGUGAGACAACUAUGUCUCCUGAAGUGAAAAUACGACAGGCAGCUUUUGAAUGUUUGGUCUCAAUUGCUGCCAUGUAUUAUGUAAAAUUGGCUCCUUACAUCCAGGAUAUAUAUAACAUCACAGCAAAGGCUGUUAGGGGAGAUCAGGAGCCUGUUGCUCUCCAGGCCAUUGAAUUCUGGAGUACGGUUUGUGACGAGGAGACUGAUAUCUUGGAAGAAUAUGUUGGCGAUACCACUGGGGAAUCUGAUUUACCUUGUUUUUAUUUCAUUAAGCAAGCCCUUCCUGCACUCAUCCCUCUGCUGUUGGAAACAUUACUCAAACAAGAAGAGGAUCAAGAUCUGGAUGAAGGUGCAUGGAAUAUUGCAAUGGCAGGUGGUACAUGCCUUGGUUUAGUUGCUCGCACAACUGGAGAUGAUAUUGUGCCACUGGUAAUGCCCUUCAUCGAGGAGAAUAUUACCAAACCUGAUUGGAGACAGAGGGAAGCAGCCACAUAUGCGUUUGGCUCUAUCUUGGAGGGCCCUUCUCCAGACAAACUCAUACCCCUUGUCAAUCAUGCUUUACCUUUUAUGCUCAGUGCUUUAGUGAAGGAUCCGAGCAACCAUGUUAAAGACACCACUGCUUGGACUUUGGGACGAAUGUUUGAAUUUCUUCACAGUUCAAUUGUUGGCACACCAAUUAUUAAUGAGGGAAAUGCCCAACAGAUUAUUACAGUUCUCCUUCAAAGCAUGAAGGAUGUCCCUAAUGUUGCUGAGAAAGCCUGUGGAGCCCUGUAUUUUCUUGCCCAGGGUUAUGAGGAUGUGGGACAAACAUCUCCCAUUACUCCCUUUUUCCAAGAAAUUGUUCAAGCACUUCUCACUGUUACCCACAGAGAGGAUGCUACAGAAUCACGAUUAAGAGCGUCAGCAUAUGAAACAUUGAAUGAAGUAGUAAGGUGUUCAACAGAUGAAACAGCUCCUUUGGUUUUACAACUAGUUUCUGUCAUCAUGAUGGAGCUACACAAAUGUCUUGAAGCACAAAAUCUUUCAUCUGAUGAAAGAGAAAAACAGAGUGAACUUAUAGGCCUUCUUUGUGGAUGCUUGCAAGUGAUUAUUCAGAAGCUAGGGUCUUCAGAACCUACCAAAUAUGUUUUCUUGCAGUAUGCUGAUCAGAUAAUGGGACUAUUCAUCAGGGUUUUUGCAUGUAGAAAUGCCACUGCACACGAGGAGGCCAUGCUAGCUAUUGGAGCCCUUGCCUAUGCAAUAGGCCCUGAUUUUGCUAAAUACCUGCCAGAAUUUUACCAGUUUCUGGAGAUGGACCUUCAGAAUUUUGAGGAGUACCAAGUUUGUGCUGUAACUGUUGGUGUAGUAGGCGACAUAUGCAGGGCAUUGGAGGAUAAAAUACUGCCUUAUUGUGAUGGGAUUAUGACACAACUUCUCAGAAAUUUGUCAAGUGAUAACUUGCACCGUUCUGUUAAGCCGCCACUAUUUUCAUGCAUUGGUGAUAUAGCACUUGCUAUAGGAGACAACUUCAAUAAGUACUUAAUGUAUGCAAUGAACACGCUACAAAUUGCUGCAGAGACUUAUGCCCACACAUCUGCCUUUGAUUUGGAAAUGACAGAGUACAUUAACUCUCUGAGAAAUGGGAUAUUAGAGGCAUAUUCUGGGAUCUUCCAAGGUUUUAAGAAUUCAUCAAAAACCCAGCUCUUGAUUCCUUAUGCUCCCCACAUCCUCCAGUUCUUGGAUAGCAUAUACAUGGAAAAAGACAUGGAUGAUGUGGUUAUGAAAACAGCCAUUGGAGUCCUUGGAGAUCUAGCUGAUACACUUGGAAGCAAUGCUGGUUCUUUAAUUCAACAAUCUUUGUCAAGCAGAGAUUUUUUAAAUGAAUGUUUAACCUCAGAUGACCAUAUGAUUAAAGAAUCUGCUGAAUGGGCCAAGUUGGCUAUCAAUCGUGCUAUAUCUGUUUGA